CAUAAAAUAGCUCAUCCUGAGAAAAAACCUUAUCCAUGUAAACAGUGUGGUAAGUCAUUCACUUAUCUAUAUUUACUUCAGACACAUGACAGAUUUCACACUGGAGAAAAAACCAUAUAAAUGUAAGAUAUGCAGUAAAGCAUUCCACUGUUCCCUUUUUCUUCAAAGGCACAAAAGGUCUCAUGCUUGGGAAAAACCCUGUAAAUGUAAACAAUGUGGUAAGGCCUUCAGAAGUCACAAUUCCCUUCAGUUGCAUUCAAGGACUCAUACUGUAGAGGAACCUUAUAAAUGUAAGAUAUGUAGUAAAGCCUUUCUGUGUCCUCUUUUUCUUCAAAGACAUGAAAGAACUCACACUGAGGAAAAGCCCUUUGAAUGUAACCAAUGUAGUAAAAUCUUCAGAGACUGGAGUACCUUCCAAGUACAUGAAAGAGCUCAUGCUGUAGAAAAGCCCUAUAAAUGUAAGAUAUGUAGUAAAGCCUUUUUUCAUUUCUCUUCCCUGGAAAGACAUGAAAAGAUUCAUACUGGAAGAAAGCGAUAUGCAUGUAAAUAUGUAUGUAAGCAGUGUGGUCAGUCCUUCAUUUUUCCUUGUUUGCUUGAGAAGCAUUUAAGAACUCACACUGAUGAAAAGCCCUAUGAAUGUAAACAAUGUGGUAAAGCAUUUAGGAGUCUCACUUAUGUUCGCAUACAUAAAAGAACUCACACUGAAGAAAGGCUGUAUGCAUGUAAACAGAGUAGUAGAAGUCUCAGUUGUCCCAGUGCCCUUCAGUUACAUGAACUAACUUAUCCCGCAGGAAAACCCUAUGCAGGUCAACAAUCUGAUAAAACUGUCAGAAAAUUCAGUUAUUUUCAAGUACAUGAAAGGUCUCAGACUGAAGAAAAAGCUUACGAGUGUAAGCAAUGUGGUAAAAUUCUCAGUUGUUCAAGUUCCCUUCAGCUACACAAAAGAAUUCAUACUGGAGAGAAACUACACGAAUGUAAACAGUGCGGUAAAGCCUUCACCGUUCUCAGUAGUCUUCAUGUACAUGAAAUAUCUCACACUCAUGAGAAGCUCUAUCAGUGCAAGCAACCUGGUAGAGUUUUCACUCUUAGUAAUCUUAUAUUGGACAGAAAGAAAGCUGAAGGAAAUGCUUGUGAAUGUAAACACUGUGGUAAGUCCUUUGUUUCUCGAUAUUUACUUCAAAUGCAUGAAAGGUCUCAUUCUGCAGAGAAACGCUAUGAAUGUAAGGUUUGCGGUAAAACCUUCAUUUAUCCCUCUUUUCUUCAAAGACAUGAAAGAACGCAUACUGGAGAAAAACCUUAUGAGUGUAAACAGUGUGGUAAGGCCUUCAGAGUUCAGAGCUCCCUUCGAUUACACGAAAGAACUCACUCUGAGGAAAAACCAUAUGAAUGUAAACACUGUAGUAAAGCCUUCUGGCGUUUCCCUUCUCUUCAAGUACAUGAAAGAAUCCAUACUGGAGAAAAACCCUUUGAGUGUAAACAAUGUGGUAAAGCCUUCAGAUGUCACAGUUCCCUUCAAAGACAUGAAAGAACUCAUAGUCAUGAAAAACCAUAUGAAUGUGAACAGUGUGGUAAGGCCUUUAGAUGUCAUCGAUCGCUUCAAAGACAUGGAAAAACUCAUGCUGGAGAAAAAGCCCCAUGAAACUGUAGAGUUACCAAAAAUUUUUAGACUUUCCAUUUUCUAAUGCUUGAAAAUACUCCUGGGAAAAUAUGGUGGUAUAAAACAAGUGUUGAAAGCUGCAGAAUUUUGUUUUGUUUUAAUCAUAGACUUACUAAAGAAAGACCUAUCAAUAAUAGGUGUUCAGAUGUUCAGUUCCAAGCCUGGUAUGGUGAUGCAUGCCUUUAAUCCCAACACUGGGGAGGCAGAGGCAGUCAGAUCUCUUUAGUUCAAGGCCAGACUACAGAGUAAAUUACAAGACAGCCAGGGCUACAUAGAGAAACCUUGUCUUAAAAAACAAAAGAUGUUCAGUUCUAUUUGAAGACUUGAAUACCUUUGGUGGAACACGAAUGUGAUUUGAGGAUACCUAAUUUUUCAUAAUCUUAAUGAAUAAUCACAUGAUAAUGCAAAUAAAGUUAGCUCUUACAAGAAUAAAUGUUGGAUUGAAACUAGUUUGGCAAGAAAAGAUCGUAAAAUUUUAACUACACUAAAAGUCAUGAAGACUAUUGGAAAUAAAUCUUAAGUAUUUUGAAAUCCUGGUGCAAACUAACCUAUAAUGCAUAGAUUUUUAUAUCAUGAAUGUAUUAUAUAGGUUAUGAAUAUAUUGUGUUUACCAGUGAUUUGUGUUUAAUGGUCAUCAUAGAAGGGCUUAGUGGUACAGGCCUGUAGUGUUAGCUACUCAGGUGGCUGAUGGAGAAUUGCAAAGUCAGGACCUGCCCAAGCAAUUUAAGCCCUAUUUUGUAAUCAAAGCUGAAGAGUACUGGGUAUGUUGUUCAUUGUGUAGAAUACUUGGCCUGGCACGCAUGAGACUGUUAAAUUCAAUCCCCAGUACUCUUACCAAAAGAAUAAGAGGGUGUUGCCAUUUUAAGAGAGGCAUGCAUUGAGGUGAAAUUUCUUAUGCUCUUCAGGAAUAGAGGUAGUUAGUGAUAUAUACCUUGUCGAAGAAUUUUAUAAUUAUGUGUGAAGAUCAUUGUGUCUUGUUAUUUUUCCUGAU